GUGGGCGGCGGCGUUCCGCGGGCGGAAAGGAAGGAGGCGGUGGGAAGGCUGUGCGCUGGCCGCUCCUCCCCGCCCCCUUGCCUCGGCCCUGGUGGGGCUGGAUGGGCAAGUUGAGCGCGAUGGCUCGAGCCCUGGCGGUGGCGGUGGUGGCCGGAGGCGGCGGCGCCUCCUCCUCCUCGCCCCGGCGCCGGCGGUGAUCGGAGUGAGCGGCUGCGGCCCCCAAUGAGACUGUUCGCGGGCUGGCUGUGCCUGAGCCUGGCGUCCGUGUGGCUGGCGCGGAGGAUGUGGACGCUGCGGAGUCCGCUCACCCGCUCCCUGUACGUGAACAUGACGAGUGGCCCAGGCGGGCCGGCGGCGGCCGCGGGCGGCAGGAAGGAGAACCACCAGUGGUAUGCGUGCAACAGAGAGAAAUUAUGUGAAUCACUCCAGGCUGUCUUUGUCCAGAGUUACCUCAAUCACGGAACACAGAUCUUCUUAAACAACAGCAUUGAGAAAUCGGGCUGGCUAUUUAUCCAGUUAUAUCAUUCCUUUGUGUCAUCUGUUUUUAGCCUGUUUAUGUCUAGAACAUCUAUCAAUGGGUUGCUAGGAAGAGGAUCAAUGUUUGUGUUUUCACCAGAUCAAUUUCAGAGACUGCUUAAAAUUAAUCCAGACUGGAAAACCCAUAGACUUCUUGAUUUAGGUGCUGGAGAUGGAGAAGUCACGAAAAUCAUGAGCCCUCAUUUUGAAGAAAUUUAUGCCACUGAGCUAUCUGAAACUAUGAUCUGGCAGCUUCAGAAAAAAAAAUACAGAGUGCUUGGUAUAAAUGAAUGGCAGAAUACAGGGUUCCAGUAUGAUGUCAUCAGCUGCUUGAAUUUGCUGGACCGCUGUGAUCAGCCCCUGACUUUGUUAAAAGAUAUCAGAAGCGUCUUGGAGCCAACUAGAGGCAGGGUCAUCCUUGCCCUGGUCCUGCCCUUCCAUCCCUAUGUGGAAAACGGUGGCAAGUGGGAGAAACCAUCAGAAAUUUUGGAAAUCAAGGGACAGAAUUGGGAAGAACAAGUGAACAGUCUGUCGGAAGUUUUCAGAAAAGCUGGCUUUGUUAUCGAAGCUUUCACCAGACUGCCAUACCUGUGUGAGGGCGACAUGUACAAUGACUACUAUGUUCUGGAUGACGCUGUCUUUGUUCUCAAACCAGUAUAAACACAUGAAGUCCGCCCCAAGAAUGCAACCUCCAGAAAAGAGGGUCUGUGUUCGCGAUUAUGUGACGGGGAGGGCCUUUGGGGACUGCCAUUCUAAGUAUCAUGUAGGAAUUUAAAAAGCCAAAAUACUAAUUAUUUCUUUGUAGUGUGUAAAAGGAAUGUUUUUUUAAAAAACAAAAACCCAACUCUUUGAGGAUUUUUAUCAGCUCUUUACUCAGUAAUGCAGGUCACACUCCUAUCAUGAUGGAAGAUACUUUUUAUACUUAAUUGCAGUAGGGACUCAUUCCCAGACAAAGCAAUAGUCAUGACUUCACUUGGAACCAGUACAUGGAUUGUUUUCAGUAAAAUGAAGACUGGCAAUAAAGCUGUCCAUUCAAUUCCAAAUAUUGGGUAUGAGGUAUUGCCACUGAUAUUCUUCCGUGUUUAGAAAUUCUUUCUCUCUUACAUUAUUCAAGAAAAUGUUCUUAAUCAUGCUAAUAAACUUUUUUUGAGAUGACUUUGGCAUCAUGUUUGAGUUAAUAAAAGGCUCCCUUAGCAUUUUCAAUUGCUUUGGCUUCAGGAGUGUCCAAAUAGUAGCAGAUGACUUAAAUGCUGGGGUCAGGUGGUCCCUUCCUCCGAGCCCCCGAUAGCUGCAUAGAGAUGCAUAGAGAGUCCCCAUCAGGGCACUGCACAUGAGUGCUCACUUCCCGGUGAAGCUUGGGGAAGAAAGCUUCAGAUGGGGAAUUACUGCAAAAUGUGAACAC